AUGUCGUCUAGCGACAUUCUCGACACAUCCCACGCCAUGGCCCGGAAGAGAACGCACGACGAAGUCUCGCUAAUAGCUAGUAGCAUACGAGCGGACGAUACGGUGCUCGUUACAUGUCCGGAUACCGAGUUCGGUGGUUGGCACGUUUCGGGUAGUCUUCUUCAAUCUGUGGUGCACAACAAAAAAUAUACCACCCUGCUUGAGGAAGGAACAGCGAAAGAACUUUACAUUCCUAACUGUUCACCGCUAGAGGUAGAGCUGUUUCUUCAAUGGCUGUAUUUCGGAUCAUACUCAGAGGAGAGCGGCUUCGCGAAGAAACUGAGCUGGAAUCUUGGAGAACUUCAAAAUACAGGUUUAGAGAUUACCAGCGCCUCAUCUACCAAUGUCAUGGUAUGGGCUGUCAAAGCAGCGUGGUUGUCCUGGUACCUCGGAGCCCAUUUGGAAGCCCCACAAUUCCAGAACUACGCCAUGACAAGGUUGUUCGACGCAUACGAACGACAGGAUCCAAAAGCAACAGUCGACUUCGAUCUUUGGACCAUUUCGAACCGAUCAUUACCAAAGGUAGCACUCUUCUUCGAGGAAAUGGUCAUCCGGAAUUGGGGAGACACCUCAGUCGUGGAUCACACUCGGGAGGAGUGGUCGCUAUUAAUCGUGAAGCAUGAGAGUUUCCGAGUCAAAUUCAUGAAGGGCAUGGCGGUGUCUCUUGAGAAGCGACGCGAGGAGCCGAUGAAGCUGGAACAUUACCUUAUCGAGGAAGAUUAA